GCCUUUGGAACAGGGGGAUUUGAGGGCGAACCUCCUCUGCUCGAAGAAUUGGGCAUCAACUUCCAGCAUAUCCGAGCCAAGUCACUAACAGUUCUUAAUCCCCUUCGUGGAGUAGACGACCACAUUAUGGACGACGCCGACCUUGCUGGGCCAAUCAUAUUUUUCUUCUGUUUUGGGAUAUCACUUCUCUUUUCUGGAAAACCGAAUUUUGGAUACAUAUACGGUGUUGGUCUUUUCGGGACGGCAUCCAUAUAUACCCUGCUGAACCUCAUGUCCCCACAUGGCAUCGACGCCUACCGCACAGCGUCUGUCCUAGGAUAUUGCCUGCUCCCGAUGGUAGGCUUGGGCGCAAUAAGCGUUAUGGUUGCCCUUAACGGCACCAUCGGAUACCUGCUCUCGAUUACAUCAAUACUCUGGUGUACAUAUGCCGCUUCUGGGAUCUUCGUCGCCGUCCUUCGCAUGUCCGACCAGCGUCUCCUUGUAGCAUACCCUGUUGGCCUGCUUUAUGGGUGUUUCGCUCUCCUCAGUGUAUUUAGU